AUGCACGGUGAUAUAAAAAGAAAUAGCACAACGCUGCACAAUGCUUUGUUGAAAAAGAAACAGGAGUUGUUGGGAGCUGAAGGCAAUUCAUAUGAAAUUUACCUGGCCCCUGUUUCUCCAAAAUCAAAAGGUUCCACCAACAAACAAAUCAUUGUCAAUAUAAUGUCACUUGAUGAUGGUCGACAGACAUUAGUUCAGGCAGCUCAGCAUUUAUGUAAACAGGUACUGCAAAGACAAACCAAAGUUGAAGAUAUAGAUUAUAGUCUUAUAGAUAAAUUUUAUCAAGCCAAAUAUGGCUGUCCAGAUCCUGAUCUUAUUGUUAAAUUUGGUAAAAUAGACUCAUUAUUAGGUUUCUCCCCUUGGCAAUCACAGUUUUCUGAAAUUUUGUCUUUACCUACUCAUGUGGAUUUAGAUUACAAAUGCUAUCUUGGUUUGUUAGUGCGUUAUGCAAAUUCACAACAGCGAUGUGGCAAGUGA